CCAUAUAACUAGUAUUCCCAAUGUACUUAGAGCAGCUUCUGAGUGGUGCAAUCUCACAUCAAUUACUCUUCCCAUUUCAUGUUUGGUUGCUAAAUCAUAUAAGGAUUCUCUACACUCUGGUUUGGUACUUCACCACCUCUUGCUAGGGAUAGUUUAAAGACUUUAGUUUUAUUAAAUAAGCUAUCAAAAGUUACCAAAUCAAUCUUCUUUGGAUGCACCUGAAUUUCAUUGUAACUGAAAAGUACAAUUUCAGGUGAAGAACCUAAAAUAUUGUGCGCAAGUUUUAUUUAUUUAGUUUUGGUUAACAAGAUACAAAAAUGUCACGAUUUAGAAAACAAGAAUACAAAAGGCAGGUGAGCGAGGAUCCAGAUAUUGAUAAUUUGUUGGCAAAUUUAUCUCCGGAGGAAAUGCAAGAACUUCAAAUUGAGUUGGAUGUCAUGGACCCAAAUUCCAAUGUCGCUGUCGGGUUGAGACAGAGAAAUCAGACAGAGAAGCAGCCCACAGGAGCAUAUGAUCGAGAGGCAAUGCUUACCUACUGUGAGAAAACAACUAGGAAACUGAUAGAGAAAGAGCUGUCAAUUGAUGAUGGACAACCCCCAGAUGAAUUAUGUAAUCAAUCCACAUCUAAAGAAAUUGAAAAUAAAACCAUUAAAGAGAUAGACAAUGAAAAUAUGAGAAAAAGUGAGGGAGCAGCUAAAACAAAUGGAAAACAUGAAAGAAAAGAAAAAGAUGAGGAUAGUGCAAAAAUAAAAGACAUCAGGGAUAAAGCAAAUGAGGAAAGAUUGAAGACUGAAGAGGUAAAAGGGCAAAAUAAAGAGGAGAAAGAGAAGAGCAGGGACCUAAAAGAAAAAAGUAAUGAAGAAAAACUGACUAAACCCAAGGAAGAAGCAUCAAAGGAUAUUGUCAAAGAGGAAAAGUAUUCUAAGACAAGGAGUGAGUCAAAAGACGUUAGGAAUGAUGAAAACUGCUCCAGCCCUUCUGUGACAAACUCUAGCAAAUGCUGUUCAACACAAUGUAAUGAUUCAGUCAGUGCACAAAACCUUGAGGAGAAAAAACAACCAAAAGCUUCGGAAACACAAACAACAACUUCAACUAUUUAUGAUGAAACGAUAGAAAAAGUAAGGGGCAAUGAUCCUGAAAUAAUUGAAGUGAAUUUAAAUAAUGCAGAGAGAAUGAACAAUGGCAUUUUAAUAUGUUUUGCUGAUGCAUUGAAAGAAAACGCUGUUGUGAAGACCUUUAGCUUUGCUAAUACUCAUGCGGACGACCAUGUUGCUUUUGCUGUUGCUGGUAUGUUAAGGACAAACAAAAGCAUAACAAACCUCAACUUGGAAUCCAACUACAUCUCUGGCAAAGGUGUCAUUGCUAUCAUGAGAGCUUUGCAACAGAAUAACGUACUGACAGAGUUCAGAUUCCAUAAUCAGCGUCACAUACUUGGAGGGCAGGUCGAGAUGGACAUUGCCAAACUUUUAAAAGAAAAUACCACCCUUCUUAAGCUGGGCUACCAUUUUGAGUUGGCAGGGCCACGUAUGACUGUGACAAACUUACUAAGUAGGAACAUGGAUAAACAAAGGCAAAAGCGUUUACAGGAGCAAAGACAGGGGCAAACAGGGGACAAAAAACAAGCACUUGAAGUCCCAAAGACAUCUGGCAUGCAAAAAUCACCUAAAUCAUCUCCACAAUCUUCUCCCAGAAGUUCACCUUGGUCAUCCCCUAAACCAACUCCGAAGAAGACUGCUACUCUUGCACCACCACCUGCUCCUCCUCCUCCUCCAGUCCUGCCAGAAGAAGCCAACUUUAUGGCUCAGAAUCAUAAAUUACAAAGCAAGAGGACUGGAGAGGAACAAGAAGAGACCAAGAAGUUAAGAAAUUCCUUGACACCUGUAUCUGAAAGAAAGUUGGAAGACAGGCCACCCGCUCAAGAACAGAAUUCCAGAGAUCAGCUUCUGGCUGCCAUUCGAAGGAGCAAUAAGAAAAAUUUAAAGAAGGUUGAAGUUCCAAAGUUGCUACAGUAAGAAGAUGUGUCAUUGUGUGCUGUGGAGAUGCUCCAUUAAUCCUUAUAUAAAUCAAAUUCAGUAUUUAGCUAAAGCUUCAUUGAUACAAUAUUCUCAUUCUGAUCAUUUGAAGGACUUAAUGUUAC